AUGCCGCUCCCGGGGGGGCUGUGGUGGCUGCUCUGCUGCCGUCGAGGCUUCACCCUCCUGCGGCGGGACUACGGGGAGGGGGACCCCGGAGGGGACCAGGAGGAGGAGGAGGAGGAGGAGGAAGAGGAGUCCUUCGAGCUGCGGAGCCCCAGCCCGACGGGCGGCGGGAGGUGCUCCCUGGAAGUGACGCUGACCCAGCCCGGGCGGAGCGGACCGGGAUCGGACCGGCUGCUGGGCUGGGAGGAGACGCGGAGCCUUAUUCCGGAGAGGGGACCCCCGGAGGACGACUCUGAGAUCAUCGUCAAAGGUUGGCUGCAGCGGGAGCCGCGGGGCGGCGGGGCUCGGCCGUGGCUGCCCCCGCGCCGGGCCUGGUUUGUGCUCACCCGGGACUCCCUGGAGCAGUUCAGCGGCAGCGGGCGAGGGGCCCGGCGGCUCGGAAGCCUCGUCCUGACCAGUCUGUGCUCCGUGUCCGGCCCCGAGCGCAGGCCCAAGGACACCGGCCUGUGGUCGGUGACGGUGUCCGGUCGGAAGCACAGUGUCCGCCUCUGCUCGGCCCGGCUGGGCGAGGCCGCCCGCUGGGGGACGGCCCUAAGGGGCGUCAUCGCGGGCAAGGCGCCCCUGGAGACCCCCACCCAGCUCCUGCUGCGGGACAUCCAGGAGAGUGGCGAGGACCCGGAGGCCGUGGCCCUCAUCUACCGGCGGAACCCGAUCCUGCGGCACACCAGCGGCGUCCUCUACGCUCCGCUCCUGCCGCUGCCCUACGGGGGCGGGCCCCCAGGGCCCGGUUAUGCCCCACUGCGGGAGGAAGCGGUGCGGCUGUUCCUAGCGCUGCAGGCCCUGGAGGGGGCCCGGUGCCCGGGGCCCCUGAUGCAGGGCGUGCUGCAGACCUGCCGGGACCUGCCGGCGCUCCGCGACGAGCUGUUCCUGCAGCUGGCCAAGCAGACGUCGGGGCCCGCCGGACCCCCGGGGCCCCCCAGCCCCCAGGACCCCGCCACCCUCCGCUACUGGCAGCUGCUCAGCUGCAUGAGCUGCACCUUCUGCCCCGGGGGGACCGUGCGGGGGCACCUGCUGGGCCACCUGGAGAGGACGGAGCGGGCGUUGCCGGGCACGGAGCUGGCGGAGUACGCGCGCUUCAUCCGGGCGGCGCUGGGCAGGACGCAGGUCCGGGAGCUGGUCCCGUCGCUGGCGGAAAUCGCGGCGCUGAGCCGGAGGCAGGAGCUCCUGUGCACCGUGCACUGCCCCGGGGCCGGGGCCUGCAGCGUCGCCAUCGACUCCCACACCACCGCCGGGGAGGUGUCCCGGGAGCUGGUGGGGCGUCUGGGCCUGGCCCGGAGCCGGAACGUGUUCGCGCUGUACGAGCAGAGCGGCCCCCGGGAGCGGGCGCUGGCCGCCGGGGCCCUCGUGGCCGACGUGCUCACCAGGUUUGAGAAGCUGGCCGCGGCGGAGCUGGACGGCGCGGAGGCGGCGGCGGCGGCGGCGGCGGCGGGUUCACCGGGCUGGAGGCUGUGCCUGCGCCUGCACGGUCCGCUGCACCCCGAGGGUCUGGCCCCCGACGGCCACGAGCUGCCCCUCCUCUGCGAGCAGGCGCAGGCGCUGCUGCUCCGCGGCCGGCCCAGCCCCCCCGAGGACACGCUGCGGGCCCUGGCCGCCCUGCGCCUGCAGAGCCUGCACCGCGACUUCUCCCCGCUCGGCCCGCCGCCCCGCCUCGACCGCCUGCUGCCCCCGCCGCCCCGGGCCCGGGCCCGGGCCCGGCCCCGCCCGCCGCCCCGCCCUCCGCCCGCCGCCGCCGCCGCCCUGCUGUCCGGGGCCCUCUGGAGCCCGGGCCCGGCCAAGCGGCGGGCCGAGCGGGCGGGUCGAGGGGGGCCCGGCGGGGCGAGGGGGGCCCGAGAGGCCGGGAGCCCGGGGGGCCCGGGGGCUGUGGCCGCCGCCGUCCUGGGCAGCUGGAAGCGGCUGAGGGGGAUGAGCCGGGCGGAGGCGAUGAGCGCUUACCUGACCCUGGCUGCCCAGUGUCCCGGCUUCGGUGCCGCCCGUUACGACGUCCUGGACCUGAGCACGGACCCCAAAGGGGGAGCCCCCCGGCAGCUGUGCCUCGGGGUGGGCGCCAAGGCCAUGUCCCUGUCCCGGCCGGGGGAGGCCGAGCCCGUCCACUGCGUGGGCUACGGCCGCGUGGGCUCCUGCCGGCUGGCCGGCCCCCACACCCUGGCCCUGCGCCUGGGGGACAGACAGUUCCUUCUGCAGAGCCCGCAGGUGGAGGAGAUCCUGCAGCUGGUGAACGCCUACCUGGCCGGUUCCACCCUCACACCCACGCCCCCGGACCCGCCACCGCCACCGCUGUAGAGCCCGACCCUCGCCGCCGCCGGUGAAACGAGACACGGAGCAGCGUGGCCGCCGGACUGACCCCUUCUGCCCUGAGCUGGCCUCCCCCACACCCCCACACCUCACCACUCCAGACUGCUCUGGGCAGGGGGGAAGGCCCCCCCUCUCCCCCUCACUGGCCCUGCAGGGACAGGGCCCCCCUGACCCUCUUCCAGAGGCAGGGAUUGGGCUGACACUUUUCUAGUUGGUUUCUUAAUUUAUUUGUAGAACAGAGAGAAAAAAAAAUCUUUAUUUA